AUACCAAUAGCCAUGUCUGUGGACUACCGUCCGAUUCCAAAAGUCAACUCCAGCCGCACCAGUCAAUGGCUUCGAUUUCUUUUAAGGAAGCGGCACCCUCACUUUUCAUCCUAGGCAACACAUGCUCGUCAGAUGUAUAGAAACAUAUCCCUCUGCUGGGACCACACAUGACCACACCCCGGGUCCUAAAGCGGGCCCCGCACUCCGCACUUGGAUGCUGGAUCUGAGAGCGAGAGCAUUUUGAAUCCCAAAGAAUCAAGCAUUGCCGCUCCAUUUAAGCUUGCUGUCAUGUCCUAAUCCUACUGGCCCAGAUCUUUUACCAUCUCACACUUCUUCUCCUUUUCGGCCAAUCAGCCUCUGAGCCUAGCAAAAGUAAAGCUGGCCAGAGCCUAUCCGAUCCUCGCUCGAAUUAUUCGAAGGGCUUUGGACAAGACGCGAUUCAAACUGAGGGACUGUUACGUAACUUCAUCGCAACACAAACUUCAAAACCCCAGCUCAGUCCUUUGUCCACGUCAUCGAUCCUUGUGACCACAACUAAAACGUCGUUCGCCGUCGGAUCAUAACACAAACUUGCAAUCCCCAACCGUCGGAUCUCUCUUCUUCAUCCUCCUCCCUUUUCCCCUCGAUCCGAUCGUCAAGAAAACCCACCUUUUAAAUCCUUCCCCUCUUUCCUCAUCAUCUGUGCCUGAACUUCCCACCAAACCAAAAACAGUUUCUCUGUACUUCCCUAUUAAACGGUCUCAGUCUCAAUCUCUCAGCCAUUUUUCUCCACAGAACGCUGCCAUGGCCACUGAGAACUCCGAUAACCCUCCGGCACCGCCUCCGCCAGCUCCCUCUCUCCCGCAGUAUCCAGAGAUGAUUAUGGCGGCGAUCGAGGCCCUGAACGACAGCAACGGGUCUAACAAGUCGGCAAUUGCAACGUACAUCGAGUCCACGUACGGCGAUCUACCUCCGGCUCACGCCACACUUCUGGCGCACCACCUCAACAAGAUGAAACAGAGCGGCGAGCUCGUCCUGGUCAAGAACAACUACAUGAAGCCUGACCCGAACGCGCCGCCCAAGAGAGGCAGAGGCCGUCCGCCCAAGCCCAAGGUCCCGCUCCCACCUGGAACCGUUGUCUCUCCUCCCAGGCCACGUGGCAGGCCCCCGAAGCCCAGAGACCCGUUCUCCCCGCAACCGGAGCCCAAGAGCCCUUCUGGGACUGGAAGGCCACGUGGACGCCCUCCCAAGAAGGCCAAAACGGCUACUGGCGCGCCGAGAGGCAGAGGCAGGCCUCCUAAAGUGAAGCCUGCUGUAGCGCCGGUCGGCUGUUGAGUUUAGCUCAGCUCAGAUAGUGAGAAAGAGGGAGGGAGUGUUAAUUUUAAUUUAAUUUAAUUUAAUUUUAGGUGUGUUUAGAAUUUAGUUUCCGGAUAAUCGAUGGUUUAGUUUUUAAAAUUUUGUUUCAAUGUAGUAUGUGGUUGGUUGGUGUUGUGAGGUUGGGGGUGGUCUUAUCAAAAUGUGACUGUAAUUGCCAUGUAAAUUGUUUAGCGGCUACUUAGGCUUUUCUGCCUUUUGCCUCUCUGGCUACAAAAGGGGGUUAAUUAAAAUGAGGCUGAUUCUGAUUACUUUUUCA